AUGUUUGACCAUCUCUCUACAAACUCAAAACUAAACAUCUCAAACCACACACUUCACGCUUCUAAAGCUCCCAUCAUGGACUCCUCCAUCAACCCUUUCACCGGCACGGCCAACGACCCAAACAGCCACUCCAACUUUUUGGCCAACAAGAACUCCAGCCGCAACGAGGCUGUCAUCAUGGGCGGAGUCAUGAUCGGCGCUAUCGUCUUUGUCGUGCUCGUUGGUGUAGGCUGCAUGUUUUAUCGGCAGCGGGCUCGGAAGAUGAAGGCUCAGCAGAGCAAGGACGUUGACGAUGAUGGGCGGUCUGUUUGCUGGGUCCUAGGGGACCAAGUUUACAAUUCUGAAUACUAG